ACGAGGUUUACUUCCGGAGCUAAGGUCGCUGAAAAACCGGUCAUCCGUCACUUCCCGUGAUGCUUUGCGGGCAGUUUGGCCCUUGCGAGGUUCCGUAGUACUUCAACGCGUUGGCUUCGAUUGCGGACGUUUUCUGUGAAGGUCGUGCAUCGAAAGAUCUUUCAGCAUGUCUCUGCCAAAGCCUCAGAUGAGAGGUCUCCUCGCAAAGCGGUUGAGGUUCCAUCUGCCCCUCGCUUUCGCCCUGGCUCUGUCCGCAGCAGCUACAUUCAAGUUCACAGUAACAGAACCCCGGAAAAAGGCUUAUGCUGACUUUUACAAGCAGUAUGAUGCCAUGAAGGAGUUUAACAGUAUGAAGGAGGCUGGGGUUUUUGAGAGUGCGAGGCCUUCUGGUGAAUAAAUUGAUGUGGUUCUGUCUCUGCAUUUUUAUUCUGUGCUGCACCUUCACUACUGGAUGUUAAAUAUAUAAUAAACAUACAAAUAAAUCAUUGUCAAUUCCUGUACAAGUGCAGUAAUUUCUUGAGCCAUUGAGAAAUAAAAUGUCUUUUGACUCUG